AUGUAUUCCUUCAAUUUCUGCAUAUCCAUAUUCCUCACAACGUUGAGUCUACGGUUAUUCUCCCUUGCGCCUGUACAAGCCAUUCCCAUCAACAACAUCGCUGAAAGAGACCGGGAAGCAAGAACACUUCGCAUGCCCAUCCGGCGACAGUUCUUCAGCAUCUCCAAACGUUCAAACGUGCUGUCUAGCAUCCUCAAAAAUCAGGAAUGGCAAUAUCUCAUUGAUGUCAAAGUUGGCACUCCACCUCAAUCCCUCUCCCUGGCUCUCGACACAGGCAGUAGUGACACUUGGGUAUUCUCGCCUGAAGCAUGCGUCAAUGACGCAAAAUGUGCAGGAUCUUUCGAUCCUGCGGAAUCUUCGACCCUUGUGGAACUGUCGGCCGGAUCAUUCGCGAUAAGUUAUAAUGAUAAGUCGCACGUGGAAGGCGACUUUAUCACGGACGAUCUUGGGGUCGGUGGCACCACAAUCUCUUCAUUGACCAUGGGCCUAGUGAGGACGGAUGCAUUAACGGGCACCAUUCUGUUUGGUGGCUACGACACGAGAAUGUUCCAAGGCCACCUCACCGUGAUGCCCACGCUCCCCAACACCAACGGGGUGAUUAGCACCUUUCUCGUGUCCCUAUUUUCUCUCAGCGCCAUAUACAACGGCAAGACAACCACGUUCACCGCGUCGACUUUCAGCGGUGCCGCACUCCUCGACUCCGGGACAGCAUUGACGUGGGUUCCAAGCGCCAUCUACGCCGAACUAGCCAAUUAUUUCGGCGCAGAUUCAGAUGGACUCGUUGAUUGUAGUCUGGGCCAGACAAAGGGACAUGUAUCAUUCGAAUUUGCAGGUGUUGUGAUUCAAGUUCCCUUUUCUGAACUGUCGCUGUAUGAUAGUACCACGCACACGUGUUCCUUUGGAUUCUACGACGGUGGAACACUACUGAUAUUGGGUGAUACGUUCUUGAGGUCUGCGUAUGUUUAUUAUGAUCUUGGGAAUAAUCAGAUUGGGCUGGCACAGACUGUGUAUGAGUGA